AUGAACAGACAAUUGCCCAAAACGAGCCUCGAGCGUCCUAGUCGCCAUACUGGUUCCUCGCUACCGUUUCCCCGUUGCUUGACUUCAAGGAAACGAAAGGAUCGCCAGGAAACUGAUGCUUAUGUUGGAAAUAUGGGUCGCAAGGUCGCUGUGGAGACCGAGUUGGCUGGACGGGAGUGCUACUAUUAA